UCACCCCAGCAUUUCUAACUGGCUGAGAGAGAUAUACAUAGAGUGGCUCACCCCGCAGAGAGAGAGAGAGAGAGAGAUGGGUGAAAAGGGGGAAGUAAAGCUUAUAGGGGCAUGGCCAAGCCCCUUUGUGCUGAGGGCAAGAGUUGCCCUCAACCUAAAGUCAGUGGACUACGAGUUCCUGCAAGAGACUCUAGGGAACAAGAGUGAGCUGCUCCUUCGUUCCAAUCCGGUUUAUAAGAAGGUCCCUGUGCUCCUCCACCAUGAUCAGCCCAUAUGUGAGUCCCUCAUCAUCGUCCAAUACAUCGAUGAGGUCUGGCCCGGCCCGGCCAUCCUACCGAAAGAUCCUUCUGAACGAGCCCUGGCUCGAUUCUGGGCUGCCUAUGUCGACGACAAGGUUUUCCCGGCGAUGCAAGGGAUGAUGAAGGCCCAAGGGCAAGAGGAGGAGAAGAGUGUGAUUGAUCAACUUCUUGGAGGGCUGCAACUUUUGGAGGGAGCUCUGAGGGAGGUCGGCAAGGGGAAGAGAUUCUUUGGUGGGGACGAGAUCGGGUACAUCGACAUUGCCUUGGGGAGUAUGUUGGGUUGGAUGAGGGUGACUGAGAGGUUCUCCGAACUGAAGCUUUUUGAUGCUGAAAAAACUCCUCUUUUGGUCCAAUGGGCCGAUUCCUUCACCUCGGCCGAAGCGGUCAAGGGAGUAAUGCCGGAAACUGAUAAACUGGUGGAGUUUGCCAAAAUAUUGCUGGCCAGGUUUAAGUCCCAAGCGUAGAGGGAGAGGGAGAGGGAGAGGGAGAGGAAGAGGCUUGUGUGCAUGCUUCUCUUGUGGUUCAUGUCACAAGGGGAGUAGCAUGUGAUGAACUAAGGGAAAGAAUAAAGCAUGACAGUUUAUUUUUAGUAAAUAAUAUCAAUUUCAAGCAUUUAGCUUGUACCUAGAAUACUGUUUAUAUUAUAAGUAUUUGAGUAGUUUUUCCCCACUCCCAAAGGGCUGU